AAGUUUGUGUAAGAACAUUCAUAUCUCUCUCUCUCUCUCUCCCCUGAUUGGCAAUAAGACACGUUCAAAUCUAAUCUUCAUCUCCCUAUUCCAAUUCCGUACAUACUCUGCUUAUUCCUUUGCAUAAUCUUUCUUCUUCAGUGAUUGUGUGCAUCGUCACCUUUGACUUUCAUUUUCUGAAUCGUGUUUGAACGAUUGCUAGCUUUUGAGAAGAGCAAUGAGUUGUUCUGCAGCCGGACAAGGAAAGAAUAGCUCAGGUAAAAGGAGAAUAAGUGAUCUUUUAACUCAAUCUGAUAACCGAGUCUGCGCUGAUUGUAGCGCUCCAGAUCCUAAAUGGGCGUCAGCAAAUAUCGGAGUGUUCAUAUGCUUGAAAUGUUGUGGUGUGCACAGAAGCCUUGGUACUCAUAUCUCAAAGGUCUUAUCUGUGACAUUGGAUGAAUGGUCAGAUGAUGAAGUGGAUUCAAUGAUUGAAAUUGGAGGAAAUGCCUCUGCAAAUUCAGUUUACGAGGCAUUUAUACCUGAUGGUGUCUCUAAGCCUGGACCUGAUGCUAGUCAUGACCAACGUAUGCAGUUUAUCAGGUCAAAAUAUGAACACCAAGAGUUUCUGAAACCAAGCUUGAGGAUCACAUCCGUGAAGGGAUCAAAUUCAUCAUCACAACAGCCGGUAAAAUCUUCUUUCCAGUUAAAAAACUCUAUGAACUUGGACAUUGCUCUCAGUCUUUUGAUAUCAUGGUGGCAGCAUCUUGAAGGCAUGGUUGAGUUUAUUGGAUUGUUGAAGGUGACUCUUAAAAAAGGAACCAAUCUAGCUGUCCGAGAUAUGAGGACAAGCGAUUCUUAUAUUGUCUUGACUCUCGGACAACAGACUGCAAAAUCAACUGUAAUGAAGAGCAACUUAAACCCGGUUUGGAACGAGGAACUCAUGCUCUCUGUUCCUCAUGACUAUGGCUCAGUGAAGUUGCAAGUGUUUGAUUAUGACGCAUUCUCUGGUGAUGACAUAAUGGGAGAAGCUGGGAUUGAUAUCCAACCUCUGAUCACAUCCGCAAUGGCUUUUGGAGACCCUGAAAUGUUUGGAGAUAUGCAGAUUGGUAAAUGGCUUAAAUCGCGCGACAAUGCUCUUAUAGAAGACAGCAUCAUCAACAUUGCGGAUGGGAAAGUGAAACAAGAGGUUCACAUCAAGCUUCAGAAUGUUGAGUCUGGUGAAUUAGAACUAGAACUUGAGUGGCUGCGUCUUGACCAAUAAAAUAUAUAACAAGAGGCUCACUAAAUAUAUGUGUGUUUUGAUUCAUUGCUUUUGUGCACAAUCCAAAUGUUUCAUUUAAAACCUAAGAUAAGACGUUUAUAAGAUGCUAAAUCAGGUUUCAACCCCAA